AUGAGUGGGACAACAGAGCUGGCUGGCCUGGUACGACGUCUGCCACCGCAAGCAUACGAGCGAGUGCUCCUUCUCCUGCACUGCCUUGUCACCAGCAGCGAAGGCAGCCAGGCUAGCAGUAGCCCACAGUCGCUAUCUUUGCAGGUCAUUUGUGACGUUGUGCUAUGUGCAUGUCCGGGCCCAGUGCCUCGAUUUCUGUUUGCGCUGUCCUGCAACGACAAGCUGCUGCGGAGCGCUGACUGCGGACUCACCUGGCGGUUGUGUUUCUCCAGGUCUAGCGAACCUCUUAAAGCUGGCAUGGCUGGUGUUCAGGAUCUCCUUGACGAUGUGACGAGCCUGCUCAAGUCCACGGAGGCCACCGAUGAUGUCCCCGGUGGCGAGGAAGCCUCGUCUGUUGUGUGCUGUGCAGAUGGCUACGGAGACGUGGUCGCCCUCUGCGGCCGCAACGGUUUCCUCGCGGUCUCAGGUGACAAAGGUGUGACCUUCACGACGGCGACAAAUUAUUUAACGGGCAACUUUGGUGAGAAGGCGCAUCUCCGGCACAUUUGCGUCCUGGACACCGACCGUAUUCUAGUGAGUGACGGCGUACGAGUGGUGUGUGUGGCUGUGGAGUGCGCUGGCUGCGGACCGCUUGCACUGGGAAAGGCACACGUAGCAUUAGUGUGUGCCACUCAAAUCUGCAUGCUGCGCGCCUGCUCCUUCGGUAGCGGCGCGCGCGGCGCCGUGGUUGCCGAAAACAGAAAGCUGCAUCUGUCGUUUGACGGCUCUGCCUCGUUUAUGGAGGUUCGCCACAGCCUAGGGCGUAUUCGUGGCUUCGACACCGCCGCUGCGUUGCGCCAUUGCGAGCUUCCAGCCUUCCCAUAUGCAACCUUGGCGUCUUCGAUGGGGCUGCAAAGCACUGAGGCCACCUCCUCUCCUCCCCAGUCCGCCUCUGUGUAUGAUUACGUCAGCGGAUGUAAAUGCGAUGCCGCGGACGGCAAGGGAGAACCAGCAGCGGCGGUGACGCAGUUUGAAGCGGGCGCGCUGCGGCACGGCGCUGAUGUCUUCUACCGUUUUUUCUUUGUGGCUGGCUGCGGCACGGAGGUGCUUCCCUACGACUACACCGCCCUGCUGUGUGUGUGCACGCGGCGAGAGGGUAACCACGUUUUUGUUGUGUCUACUGCAUCUUUCGUCUCCUACAUACCCUUCUCUCAAUCCCGAAGCCACGGCCGGCUUCUUUGUACUCUCACUCGAAGCUCUGGUGACGGCGGCAGCUACCUCGCCAGCCGAGGGAGUGUCGUGGGUACGAGCGUCUCUCGCGAUUUGGAUCGCUGGAGCACCCCGCACGGCGCGGCUCCAGUUGGGUUGCUCGCGGUGGGAGGUGGCGACAUUCUUGCGUGCGGGCGUAACAAGGUAGUGUCUCGAGUCGAAGGAGACGCCGAGGCGCACACAAUUCUCCAUGAUAUGCGCGUGCCUGUGCUGAUUACUGCCUUCUCGAUGUAA